AUGACCGGAGCCGGAAUGUCUGACGAUGAAGAUGAAGAAAAUGAUCCUCAAGCACCUGAUGCCUUGACGGACAGUGAAGAAGAGCGGGCGAAAACGAAAGGAGAAAAACUCAAUAAAUUCAAAAACCGAAGUCCCAAGACCACCAUAAACUGGGACUCAUUCAAUUCACUAGUCGGCUGUUGUGAAGAUGCCGUUGUCGAUAACAUCGACGAAGAAUACGAUCGGCUCAUUCAACAUCUUUAUAUUGGCGCUGUGAAAGCUGAGAGUUCUAAAGUCCCCAGGUCCAAGAAACGUCUGUCUCCAGAAACACUCGAGCUGAUACGCCAGCGUGGAAUCGCACGAGCUGCGUGCAACCGCAAACUAACGUCCGAACUUGCAAAACAAUGCAGACAAGCGACAAAAGAAGAUCUUAAAGAAAGAAAAGCAGCAGUGCUGGUCGAAGCUGGAGAGGCUGGGAAAAGCAUUCGCAAAGCCAACCGAAGCGUGGCCAUCUGUAAGGGCAAGAUGAUUGCACUCCGACGCCCAAACGGAGCAGUUACAGCGUCCAGAAAGGCAAUGGAGAAUUCACGAAUACUACUCAGAUCUCUUCGAUAG